AUGCCUGGCCGUAUCAUGCUCAUCAUGAAGCCCGUCUCGUCGAAACGCGGAGACGCUAUUCUUCCGGAACGAAACCCGAAGGAGGCACGACGGUCUCAGCAAGGCGAAGAGCUCACUGCUGGUUCAAAUCCGGACGGGAGCAAUAGGCUUACAGGACUUCUUGUUUACACGGGGAGUCCCGGAGGUUCUGACUCCUGCCUGCGAGUGUGGCGAGGGACGAGAGACUGCCGAACACCUGGUAGUGUGGUGUUUGGCACCACCGUUGACUCGAAGACGGGAGAGAACUGGAAUUCGGACACGACGGGACUUUUACUCUGUUCUACACGGCAUGAAUCCCACGACUGCACGGCUCGCGAGGAGAGUCCUCAACUGGCUGAUGGACUCGGGGAAGCUGCCGAUGUACAACUUAGCCAGGAGGCUCGAGCUGGAAGCGGCGGUCCGAAGCGCCCCCGUUCGGAGGCCAGAAGGCCUCCUCUCUUUCAUUUUGAUGAGCAUACUGAACACCGUCGGAGGGGUGUAUAUCGGAUGAUGCUGGUACUCGACGGCCAUGAGAGCCACGUCAAUGCCGAAUUCGAGGACUACUGCAAGAACAACAUUGUCACCAUUUGUCUGCCUCCGCAUUCUUCGCACCUUGCCCAGCCUCUCGAUGUCAGGUGUUACAGCCCCUUGAAGAAGAUAUACGGUGGUGAAAUCGAGCACUUCAUCAAGGCCCGGAUCACGCACAUCACGAAGCCCGAGUUCUUCCUUGCGUUCAAAGCCGCCUUCCGCCGGACUUUCACCCAAGAAAACGUUCUCGGGGGUUUUCGAGGGUCUGGACUCGUCCGCUACGACUGGGAAGCUGUCCUUUCAAAGCUAGAUGUCAGGUUGCGGACACCAACCACCCCUGGAACACCCGAUGGGCCACCAACAGCUUGGGUCUUUAAGACGCCCAAGACUACCAACGAAGCCCUCUCGCAGUCUACUCUUGUCAAGAGUCGGAUUGCAAGACAUCCAUCGAGCUCUCCAACCCCGAUUGUAGCUGCUGUUGAUCAGCUUUCCAAAGGAAUGCAGGCAGUUUCCCAUCGGGUCAUCGUUCUAGAGGCCGAGGUACGGACAUUACAAGAGGCCAACGAAGCACUUUCCAAGCGCCGGAGGGCCAAGCGGACGCGUCUCCAAGAUGGAUGGGCCAUGAAUGGAAGCCAGGCUAGGGAUAUAAUUGCAGAGAAGGGCGUAGUUGACGAGGAAGGACGCGUCGAGGAGGAAAAUGAAGGGUCGUCAAAGAGGCGUCGGGUGGGUUUGUGGCUCUGUAGCAUCUGUCGCAAGGCUGGCCACAAUGCAAGGACAUGCCUAUAG